AGUGAGGGAGAGAGAAGAGAGCAGAGCGGGAGAUAGAGAGAUACCAGGAGUGUAAUGGUUUGCACUCCUAUUCAGACAGUUAGACAGGGAGGGAGCAAAACAGAGAGUUGGUGAGAUGAGAGUUCACACACCAGUCCACAUGGAUGGAUAAGGAAAAACAGGGAUAAAGGGAGAAAAAGGAAUCCCGCCAACAUCCCUGUCAGGACUACUCUCUGUGGAACUGUUUUUCUCUGUUCGGGACUCAGUGAGGAAAGAACAUCUGUCAGUAGUGUGACCCUUGUCCGUUUAUAAAUAUUCAAUCCUAAUUCUUGGAUUACUGCUGAAAGGGACAGAAGAUAAACCAGCAAUUUGUAUCUGUCGUCCUAGAUUGUUGCAUAGGUGGAAGGAGAGGGGACAGCGUGGUGUAUGGACCAUCCCCGGAGCAUCUGUGUUUACCCUGCAUGGUCACUAUGAAAGAAAGAUGUGGGACUGUAGGAAAGACAGAUGAUGCUGUAUGCAGCUCCUACUUCGUGAAGUCCAAUUAUUGUCUGGGAUCUUUUUGAAAACCUACAAGGCGGGCUCAUGAGGAUGACCUCUUCCCGAAUAGCUGAAUCAACCUUCCUCCAAAGAGCAUAUAAAUACUGGUGAUCACAAAUGUCACGGUGAUCACACGUCAUGGUGAUUGGACACAUCUUAUAAUCUGCUCCACCCGAGCCAUCUCCAGUGAUUGAGGGUUCAGCAUGUCAAGGGGCAAACUGGAGACCUGUGCUCAAUUUACAAGUCAAUGGCAGCUGGAGCCAGGCGCACAGAGACUGAUGAGAAAGGUGGAGCGUGAAGGCCUGUUCCAUUAGUGAUCCCGGGGGAGAAAUGAGCCUGGACGCUGCCCAGGCACACUGACCUCUUCUGGACAUAUUCUGGACAUUACUAUGCUGUACACUGGGGAAUCUAUAUGGCUGACUGACAAGCUCUUGGAGUACAAGCUAAUGGAUAUAACAAUUUUUUUAUAUUUUCAGAUGUGACUACCAACUUCUCACUGGGGACAAAAAACAAAAAGUAAGGAUUUGGAUCAUACUAUGAGCAGUACAUUCCAGUCCUGUGCAGGGGAAAGGGUCUGUAUUUCUUUGUUUUCUUGGUUGGCUGUGUUACUCCUGCCUGGGAAUAUCAUGAGAUUAUAAACAGGAGGUGGCUCAGACAUCUUAUCCCUGUUCCACUCAUCCAUCAGUGCUCCCAACAUCAUCAAAACAAACGGCCCAGGGAUCUGAGAAAAAAGUCUGUAGAGGACAUUUGCCUAUUUUCUCUGACAUCCUAUGGGUUCAGGUGGCUGAUUCCUUAGCUUUCUUGCCAUUGAGGUCACGAAGAAAAAGCUGGCAGCCCAUAGACAGUAUAUGGCGAGACAGACAGGUGCUUUUCUGGCUGUCAGCCUCUCUGGGAGGACCAAGCAGUGAAAGAAAAAGCCUCGCUGGGGGGCUCUGCUGGAACGGAAACACUCUUCUACUGGCUAUGUUUGGAUGUGAUGUUUCUCUCUGUGGAUCUAACUUGGACUCUAUGGCCUGAUUACACAGCCCUAAUAUUCAGAUAGUGCUGGAGGGAAAGGAUAAUGCAUAUCCUUCCCUACCUGGAACAAGAAGCCACUAUGAGCAACGUCACGGUCACAGACAACACUGAACCUAUCAGCCGCACCAUGAGUCCGGCAACCCCCAGCCCAUAUUCCUAUCCUGUUAGUUUUCAGGUCUCCCUGACUGGCUUCCUCAUGCUGGAAAUCGUUCUGGGCCUGAGCUCAAACCUCACUGUGCUUGCUCUCUACUGCAUGAAGUCGAAUCUCAUUAGUUCUGUCAGUAACAUUGUCACUAUGAACCUCCAUGUGCUGGACGUGCUCGUUUGUGUGUGCUGCAUCCCUCUCACCAUUGUGGUGGUACUGCUCUCCCUGGAGAGAGACACCGCCCUUGUCUGCUGCUUCCAUGAAGCCUGCGUCUCCUUCGCUAGUGUUGCCACUGCUGCUAAUGUGCUUGCCAUCACCCUCGACCGCUACGACAUCUCAGUCAAACCAGCCAACCGGGUGCUGACCAUGGGCCGUGCCCUGGCCCUGCUGGCUGCUAUUUGGGUGCUAUCGUUUGUUAGUUUCCUUGUUCCCUUUAUUGAGGUAGGUUUCUUCGCCCAGGGCCACGCUGAGCUGAACCAGACAGUGGUGGAGAAUGUGGUCCACACUAACCAGUACUACACAGAACUUGGCCUGUAUUACCAUUUGCUUGCUCAGAUCCCUAUUUUCUUCUUUACUGCUGUUGUCAUGCUCAUCACCUACUCAAAGAUCCUGCAAGCACUCAAUAUUCGCAUUGGCACACGUUUCCACGCUUCACAGAAGAAGAAGGCUCGCAGGAAAAAGCGUCCAUCCAUGACGGCCAUGACAACGCAGCAAGAGGCCACAGACGGAUCCCAGAGCAGUGGCAGUCGCAACCCCACACUGGGCAUGCGUACUUCUGUCUCUGUAAUCAUUGCCUUGCGCAGGGCUGUUAAACGCCACAGAGAAAGGCGAGAGCGCCAAAAAAGGGUUUUCAGGAUGUCCCUACUGAUAGUGUCUACGUUCCUGCUGUGCUGGACACCCAUCACGGUACUUAAUACAGUCAUCCUAAGUGUGGGCCCCAGUGACCUAAUGGUCAAACUGAGACUGGGCUUCCUAGUCAUGGCCUAUGGGACCACUAUCUUUCACCCUCUACUCUAUGCCUUCACUAGGCAGAAGUUCCAGAAAGUCUUGAAGAGCAAGAUGAAGAAGCGAGUGGUGUCCAUUAUUGAAGCAGAUCCUACACCUAAUAAUGCCAUCAUCCACAACUCCUGGAUCGACCCAAAGAGGAACAAAAAGGUGACAUUUGAGGACAAAGAUGCCCGACAGAAAUGUCUGUCUUCUGAGGACGUGGAGUGAAGGAACUCAUUAUCUUUAGGGUAUACAGUCAAUAAAAGCAGCUAAAACUGACAUCAUGUCAUGAUGAAAAAGGGAAAUACUAAUCCAAAGCAGUAUUGUAAAUAAUGUGUAAUAGAAUGUACACAAACAAAAGGUGGAUAAUUUAUUACUAUUUAUUGAGAAAAAAAGUAGGUUUGAUAGAUAUACCAUAUACUGUAGAUAUUGCAUGGCUUUUUGUAACAGUAGCAAAGUAAAGUACAUUGUGUACAUACAUAAUACAUGUACAGCAUAGGGUAAACAAGGUAUAUAAAUAGAGAGAGAGAGAAGUAGGAACUGUUAUGUAUAUGUUUAUUUAUAAUAAAUUUCAUGUUCACUCAACUAAUGCAA